AAAAAGUUGUAAAAAAAAAAAAAAAAAAAAAAAGAGUAAAAGUGGCAUUUGGAUUAAAAUUAACACUCAACAAAGUGCCCUUUAUUUAUAAAUAAUACUAAAAUAAAUAAAUAAUUAAUAACAAACAAAAAAAAAGGCUUUAAAUUAUAAAAUUUUUAUCAAGAAAAAAGAGAGAAACACAUCAACAAUAACAAAACAAAAAAAAGGAGUAAAAAUAUUUAUAUAUAAAUUGAGCAUAAAAUUAAUAAUAAUUGUAAAUAAUAAUAAUGUCUCACGGAGGAAGAAAUGAGUGUAGAAUAUACGUGGGAAAUUUACCACCAGAUAUUAGAACCAAGGAUAUACAAGAUUUAUUUUAUAAAUUUGGUAAAGUAACAUUUGUUGAUUUGAAAAAUCGAAGGGGACCACCAUUUGCGUUUGUUGAAUUUGAUGAUCCAAGAGAUGCUGAAGAUGCUGUUCAUGCAAGAGAUGGAUAUGAUUAUGAUGGUUAUAGAUUACGUGUUGAAUUUCCUCGUGGUGGUGGACCAAGUAAUAAUUUUCGUGGUGGACGUGGUGGUGAUAGUGGUGGACGUGGUGGACGUGGUGAAAUGAGUAAUCAACGUGGACGUGGUCCACCAGCACGUCGUUCACAAUAUCGUGUACUUGUAACUGGUCUACCACCAUCUGGUAGUUGGCAAGAUUUAAAAGAUCAUAUGAGAGAAGCUGGUGAUGUUUGUUUUGCUGAUGUUUAUAAAGAUGGUACUGGUGUUGUUGAAUUUUUACGUUAUGAAGAUAUGAAAUAUGCUGUUAAAAAACUUGAUGAUUCACGUUUUAGAUCACAUGAGGGUGAAGUUGCUUAUAUUCGUGUUAAGGAAGAUCAUGCUGGUAGUGAUCGUGGACGCAGUGAAGAUCGUGACAGAGGUCGUAGUCGUUCACGUAGCUAUAGUCCACGUCGACGUGGAUCACCAACAUAUUCACCACUUCGACGUAAUUAUUCGCGUUCAAGAUCACGCUCCAGAUCACGCUCUUACGACUAAGUGUGUACGUAUAAGUCAUUAUACAUGUCCAUCAUAACACAAAACAAUGAAAAAACAAAAAAAAAAAAAAAAAGAUAUUAAAUUUAAUUUUUUUUUUUUUCUUUUUUUUUUAAUUUUGCUCUUAUUCAAUAAUUUAUCUUUCUUUUUAUUUCAAAUCUUUUUGUUUUUUUUUAUUUUGUUUAUCUCUUCUGGUGUAAAAUAAUUUAGACAAACGAAAAAUAAUAAUAAUGAUGAUUAAUUAAUUAACUUUUCAAAUAACACAAUCAAUUGGAAAUUUGCUUUUUUUUUUUUUUUCCUAAAUUUAUUAUUUUUGUGACUAAUUAAAGACACUUUUUUCCAAUUUUUUUUUUUAUUUACAAUUAAUAAUAUUAUUAACAACAAAACAACAAUAGUGUGUAAAAAAAAAAAAAUAAUAAAAUAAUGAGACGAAGGUUUUUUAAAUGAAUUAUUAGGAAAUCGUGUUGAUUUGUUUUGUUUUUUCUUUUUCUUUUAAAUAAGCCAAUUUAAUAUUAAUUGUUAUUAUUUUUUUUUAAAUUAAUUAAAUCGUUUUGUACAAUUAAACAUUCCGUUAUGAUUUUAAUUUUAAUUAUAAUUUUCAAUUUAAUGUGCUAAUUGCAUGAAGUUGAGAUUGACAUCUUAAAUGGAAAAAAAGAAAGAGAAAAUUCAAAAUAACACAAAAAGUCGAUAAAAAUGCUCAAAAUUAUUUUUGACUAGUUAUUGACUCGAUUAAAAUUUAUAAGUUUUUAUAAAUAAUAUUCUUUUACAAAGUAUAUUAUCACUAACAACAAAAAAAACAAACAAAAUUCAUCAAAAAAAUUGUAGAAAAAAUUUUUCUUUUUUUUUUUUUUUAUAAAUUUAACAAAACAUUAAAUGAUAUACCUGAUUUUUUUUUUCGAGUGAGUUUAAUAAUAGCACCUUAAUUUAGAUAAAUAAUUUAUAAAAAAAAAAAAAAAUAAUAAUUAAUUAAUCAACAAACACACAGCUGUUUGAAAACACGAGUGAAUUUGAUUUUUUUUUUUUUUUUAAAAAAACAUUAAUAAUGAAGAAAAAAAAGAAAGAAAUAAUUUUUCUAUUUUUAAUUAUCCAUCUGCCUUUUAACGUAAAUAAAUAAAAAAAAUUUUUUUUUUUUUCUAAAUAUAUUUAUAAUAUAAAAUAAUGAAAAAAGAAAAAAAAUAAAAUUCACAUGAAAAAUUAAAUGAAAAUUGUUAAACAUUUUCAAAUGAAAGAAAAAAAAAAAUUGUUUUUUAAAUAAAAAAAGGAAUUUAAAAUAGUAAUUAAUUAUUAAAAUAAUAAUAAAAAUCUGAAUUCAAUGAUAAUAUGUAUGUGUAUUAAGAAACUAAUGUAUUUUUUCUUCUUUUGUAUAUUGGAUUGGAUUGUACCACAAUGAAUGAAAAACUGAAUCCCACACGAUCUUGAUUCUUCGAUGGAUUAUGGAAGCCCGCGUUUUGGAUGGAUUUUAUUCGGACAAUAUUUGUUUAUUUAAAAAAAAAAAAAAUAAUAAUAUCAAGUAAAAGGGAUUUUAAAAAUAAUGGACAGGAUAAAAUUAACAAGAGGAAUAUUUAAAAAAAAAAAAAUAUAGAAAAAUAACCGGAUUCAGGAUAAAUAAAUAAAAAAAUUAAUUUAAAAAAUUAAAAGACUAAAGGGAACGCGAAUGAAAAAAAAUAUUAAAAAACUGGAUUUUCAUCGAGACAAAAUGCACAGAUGGCCACAGAAGGAUUCAAAGCAGUUUGAUUAAACAUUUUUUUUUUUUUAUCUUAAUUAUCAUUAAUAAUUUUUUUUAUUUAAAUUAAUUUUUUUCCAUCAAAAAGUAGUUUGCAUUUUAACAAUUUUUAUUUAUUCAUUAACAAAUUAUAUAAUUUUUUUUUUAAAUUUUUAAAUCAAGUGAUUUUAAAAAACAAUUUUUACUUUUUUUAAAUUUUUUUUGUUAUUGAGUGCGUGGAUAGUUCAACGGAUCUUGGAGGAUAAACGCACCUGGAGGAUAAAAUUAAAAAAAAAAAAAAUGUAUAAAUAUUAUUAUGAUAAUAAUAAGGGCCUUGCGUCUCGAUGGAAUCUUAAUUUUAUUUUCGACUUUUCGACAAUUAAGGAAGAUUUAAAAUAAUAAUAAACGUGAAGGAUUUUAUUGGGAUUUAGGAUGAUCAUUCAUCGCGGGAUGAUAUUUCAUGACGAGUACGAAAUAAUAUAUUUACAAUUAAUAAUAAUUAUUAUCAAAAUGGAUACAUGAUGAUUUUGGAUUUAAAAAAAAAAAUACAUUCAUUUGGAUAUUUAAUAAAUAAAAUAUAUUUAUAUACAGGAUUAUAAAAUUUGUGUUUUGGAG